AUGCCAGACCCGGACAUCGUUCAACAGGUCUUUCAAGGUUCUCGUCCAGAAACCUGCGGUUGGAGUAAUAUGGCUAUAAGUCCACACAUAUCGAGCAACAGUAGGCCCAAAAAAGUAGUUUCAUCGUUCUAUGGGGAAUUCCCUUUCAUGAUAGCUGUUCUGAAGAGGAGCAAAGACAACGCAAAGACCGCCUGGUCCACAGAUAAUCACAAAAACAGUGGGGUGUUGAUAAACUACGGUGUGGUUCUAACCGCCGCUCACAGGAUGACUGGUCAAAACGCCGAUGACUUAAAAUGCCGCGCAGGAGAAUAUGACACACAGACUGAGUUAGAACAGUACGCGUAUCAGGAACGUAAUGUGCAGAAGUUUGUUGUACACGAAGACUUCUUCAGACCGUCGUUCUUCAACAACAUCGCCCUUAUUUUCCUGGAAAAACCAUUCGAUAAGGCUCCCAAUGUGGGAAUUGCUUGUUUGAGUCCGACGUUCCCGGAAAACACGGGCGAUUGUUACUCCAUGGGUUGGGGUAAACUGAAGCAAGAUAGCGCUGAUUAUGCUCUGAUUCUUAAGAAGGUGCCUCUACCUCUGGUCGAAGCUCCUGUAUGCCAGAAUUUGGGCGACGGUGGCGCGCCACUCGUGUGUAGCGUCGAGACAAAUGGCAGAGAUAGAAGAUUCGUUGUCGUGGGUCUCGUGUCUUACAGCAUGGCGUGUGGAGAGGAAGGCGUUCCAGGUGUUUAUACCAAUGUGCCAUAUCUUUACGAUUGGGUCGGUAACCAAUUGGACCUGGAAAACAUUAAUAAAGAAUAUGAUCUAUAA